AAGUUCAUUACAUUUUCAGUAAACCUUAGUCCGGCAUUGGCUUGGUGUCACGAGUGCUUUUUCACAAUGAAUAUCCCUCUUCUCAUAAAAAAAAUAAACCAUUCCAUUUAGAAAAGAAAAGAAAAAUUCGUUUUCUCAAAUCGAAGAUUCUUCUUGUUCUACCUGUUCUUUAUGAUAGAGAAAGGUGCUCAAUCCAUCUGCUUCUCAAUUUAUUAAUGAAUCUUUUGUUUCUCGUACCUAUCUUUUUUGACCGCACACCGGCGAGAGGCGGUUUUUGGUAAAAAUUAAGUGCAAAGGUUUUUAGGGUCUGUUCAAUCUUUGAGUGCAUUUUUUACAUUUGUGUUGGUGAAGUAUAAUUAAGUGAUUCAAGUGAUCAAAGGUGUUAAAGAAGUUAAGCUCAAUAGAAGCAACAAAAGAUUUUCUUUCGAAAAGGUGAAAACUACAUGUAUUAAUUGUUACGGUACGGAUUACGUUUUUCAGAGUUACUCACCCAUGUCAUCUUUUAUAUAGAAAUGUUGUUCCUAUUAUUUGUGUUUUGUUGAAGUUCGUGAUACACCGUGGAUCUUGCUCCUUUCCCUGCGCACCACUCAAAUUAAAAGGGAGUCGUUUGUUUAUAAUUAAAACCAGAGCAAGCAUUUUGGAGUAGCUUCGCUUUUGUUUGUGUUUGUAUGCUCAGAAAAUUGAAGUGCAUUCCAAUUGAAUGAAUUAAUUAAAAUCGAUUUAUACAACCCACAAUUGAGUUUAUUUUCAUUCCGAUAUAAACUUCCUCUCGAAUCAUCUUUGGUAUCGGGUGAAACGUCGAAACUUUCAACGUCAAUAUGGAGUACUUAAAACUGGCCAUCAUUUUUGCUACGUUCUUGAUAUUUGGAUGUAUUAACUCAGCCCAUUGUAAUCCCUCAUUUGUAGACGAAAAGAAAAACUAUGAUUAUGCGGAAGAUGAUGACUACAAUUAUGAUGAAGAUGACGAGAAUAAAUCAGAAGGACUACCAAUCGAAAGUAAUGCAAUAAACGGCGACCCACCAUAUUUCGAAAUCUCAGAGCUAAAUGUAAAAGCGAAUUUCGGGGAUAAUAUAGUCUUAAACUGUGAUGUUCGGAAUUUCCAAUUGAAAAAUGCUGUCAUGUGGUAUAAACAACAAAACCUUAUAGUCAAUGGACAAACUUCUUUGGACAAACAUGUUGAAGUUUUGAAAAAUAAUUCCAUCAGAAUCCUGAACGUCCAAGAUUCAGAUGCAGAUGAUUACUACUGUACUGUGCUGCCAGAACAGGUGAAGCUGCAUAUUAAUCUAGCCGUAGGGGGGAAGCUGGCUAUAUAUUCUGAUGGCCGUGAUGUUACUGAGAAGACAGUAACAGUUCAUCAAGGAGAAAGUCAUACAUUGGAGUGCAAAGCAUUCGUUAAUGAAAAUGCUACAAUCAAAUGGGCUUUAAAUGGUGAAAGAGCUGAAAAUCUUGACAUCAAAUUAGAAAACGGCAAGUUAAUAAUCGAUUAUUUCGAUGCUGACCUUGCUGGUAUUUACCAAUGUCUUGGAGAUGAUGGAUCUAAGGACCCUUUACAUGGCUCAGUUACAAUUGAUGUACACUACGCCCCUAAAGUGACUACCCACCGCCAUCAUGUGAACACAGAACGUGGUGGCAGGGCAGAGCUUUAUUGUGACUACAAAGCUGUACCAAUCGCUGUUGCUGAAUGGAAAAGGAACGGACAAUACUUGGAAUAUUUUUCCGACAAAUAUUCAGUUAAAAGUGGCAUACAUAAGGGAAAGAAUAGAACAAUUUUGAUGGUUAAGGAUGUUGGACAAACUGAUUUGGGUGAAUAUGAAUGCGAAGUUAAGAAUGCCAUUGGUGCCAAUGAAAAUAAGAUUCAUUUGAUAUACGAACCCGAAAAUCCUCAAUUUGAAGACAUGAAAAUCGACGGACGCAAGGUUACACUUUACUGGCUAGUUAAAAGUGUUCAACCUUUAUCCGAAGCUGUUAUGGACUAUAAAAUAGAUGGUACAUACACAUGGAGCUCAGAAAGCAUAAUCAGCACAAGUAAACAUCCAGAAAAUACUGGUAUUUGGAAACUGAAACAUGAAAUUGAACUAGUUCCCGGAUUCUGGCACGCACGUGUUAAAACAAAAAACACUGUUGGCUGGUCUAAGUUCUCCAAUGAACAUAAUUUCAAAAUCGAUGAAUCUAGUGAAGAAGAUAACGUUGAAAGUAUAGUACCUCAAGAUAUUAUAUUGGCCGCUGGUAUCGGUUCAGGAAUAGUAACUAAGCCUACUGAAGAAUCCAGUGCUGCUCAAUUAACACUUGUACGAGCAUUAAUAAUAGGUUUUAGUCUGAUAUCAUUAAUUAAAGAAUUUGUGCCAUAUUUUACAAACUUUUAAAAUGGAGAAAAAAAUAACUAUUUUCUCUAUUAAUAUCGACUAUUUACUCAAACAAAAAAGCUGCAAGGCAUAAAAAAUCACAAAAUGAAAUAAAAAAUUUCUCAAACAAACGGCUCAAGACAAUAGCUAUUGAAAAAAAUAAUUUUUCCUAUACAUGAAAUAAAAGUUAUUAAGAAAACUUUUUGCACAAACAGAAAUCUUAAAAAAAUUAAAUGCCUAUGUACAUGUUUAAUUAAUUAUUUACAACAGUAUGUACUUAUUAUUUUUUCUUAUAUGAAAUAAUAAUUUUCAUUUUAUAUUUUAAAUUAUAAUUUAUAAAUUUUAUUGACCAAAGCAUAAGUAAAUCGUAUAGAAAAGUAUAAAAACUGUAAAAAUGUUUGAGAAGUCUAAGCUUUGCACUUGUUAUAUUUUAGUUUAAGAAUCAUAAAUAUUUGUUUUUUAGUAUUGUAUAGUAUGUAAUAUAAUAUAAUGAGUAAUUCUUGGUUCCGACUUAUCAAAUCCUGCAAACAUCCAAAAUUAAUUUUAAAUCAAUUAAAAAUUGGCGAUUUAUGUAGGUAGUUUAGUUAUACAGAAAUCAACUAAACCACAUUUUGAUGAAUAACGAAGAAAAAUAAAAACGAUUUGUGUGACAUAUGUGCCUAUGAUGAUGUACAUACUUACAUAAUAUACAAUACCUAUACAAAUGACAAUUAUUUUGAGAUUGUGCAUUUUUGCAAAUCGCUUUACAGGGCGCGAUUUAUGAAUAUUUUUGUAAUGAAUUCUUACAAUCCAAUUUUAUUUGUAUAUGUUUUAUUAAAGUCCGAAGUCUUUUGAAAUGAAUACAAAAAAUAUUCCUCAAGAUGACUUGGAAAUAAAAAAGAAAAUUGCCUCAUUGACGCGAUCUAAUUAUUUGGAGAUCCCAGAUCAUUUGUAAGUUCUGAAAUAAAGUAAGGAUUCCAAUAUUUGUAUUCUUUUGCUAAGGCUCAUUUUUGCUUUCUACAAUACUUUUUAAAUUCUUUUUAGUUUAAACUUUAUUUUGAUACCAAAGAAAUUACAAUGUGUUUACCUUUAAAGUGCCAAAAUUUUCAAUGGUGUUAUAACUCGUGCCUUAGUUUUGAAGCUGAUAAAAUGCACUUAUAACUUAGGUUUAGUAACUGAGUUUUUUAAUUGCAAUCAAUUUCAAGUAAAAUCGGCACGGCUGCAGUACUGAUUGAUUUAAAUGUUUUAAAAUUUAUUUCUAAUGAGAUUUCAAUAAAUUUCCAUUGCUAAAAUAUUAUUUUUUCGAAUGUGACACAUAAAUUAAAACUUUCUAAGAGGUUGGUGAUAAGAAUGCUAUUACAAGAAGACUCUCCUUUUGAACUGGAAACAUGUUUUUUACACUGCACAGUGGGUCACCUCCCAUACAAAGUGCGGUCAAAAAUAUAAUGACCAUAUUUUUUUUAAUGAAACACCUGUAUUAUCAUUUUAUAUGAUUUAUUAUUGCAAAAAAAUGCAUCAAGUCAGUUUUUUUAAAAUUUUGGUUAUUUUCAAGAAAAAUAAAAAAAGGUAAAAAAAUUUUGUUUUUGAAAAUAUAAAAAAAAUGGUUAAUGCCGGAAAUGGACCUGCCUGUCAGUCGAGCACUUUACCCUUACCCUCUAGUUCAGUCUUUUAUAAAAAUAAUAGUAAUAAUUACGUUGUAAUUUUUUUUUCUCCGUGUAUCGUCAUUUAAACUCGUAUUACUCGAAA